UCCAUUAAAUCAUUAACUAAAUUUCUUCUAUCAUCAACAAUCGCCGAGGGGGUAAUUUUCUGAUAUUAUUCACUUCAUUCUUCACCGAGUCGGAAAACUACUGAACAUAAAAUGAAAAAGGGAGUCUUUUUCGGUUUCCACGUGCUGGACUGUACUAUAUGACGAUGAGAUGACGACUUCACAGUUUUAAAAUGAAAAGGUAACACAUCACUACAGGAAAUAUAUUGAUGUCCACCACCACUUUUAUAGCAAAUCCACAAGAUCAUUCAUACGUUAUUGCCAACACCUGAACUUCAUUAAAAACUGGAACCUAUAGCGCUUGAACUAUAAAUGGGAUCCAAACCACAAGUUCAGGAAAAAACUCAAGCGUUAGUAACAAGUACCAAGAGAUAGUAACAAGAUUCAAGAGAUAGCAAGAAGUUGCAAGUUCCAAAAGAUAGUAAGUUCAAAGAGAUAGUGACUUUCAAGAAAUAGCAAGCGGUUCCAAGAGAUACUAAGGUCCAAGAGAUAAGUUUCAAGAGAUAGUAAGAAGUUCCAAGAGAUAGUAAGAAGUUCCAAGCGAUAGUAAGUUCAAAAUUACAGUAAAAAGAUCCGAGGAUUGGCAAGUUCAAGAGAUAUCAGUUCCAAGGGAUGACAACAAGUUCCAACAGAUACCAACAAGUUCUAAGGAUAGCAACAAGUUCCAAGAGAUAGCGACAAGUUCCAAGGAUAGCAACAAGUUCCAAGGAUAGCAACAAGUUCCAAGAGCUAGUAGCAAGUUCAGAGACAAUCAUGAACGUCGACGCCCUACCCCGCGGCCAGCCGCCGGUGUUCGUCAUGAUGCCACAUUCAGGGCAGCGGCAGGGCCACCUGAGUGGGGUCAUUGAUGCCAUGGCAGACGCCGUCAAGAUACUGGGCGUGGCUCAGUUCCUGAUGGCGAUGCCGUGUGUUGCGUUGGGCGUGGCAGCUUUUCUGUACAAGUGUCAUUAUGGGUACAUCGCAGCUGGAAUAUGGGUGGGAGCAAUGGUUUUGCUGUCAGGCGUGAUGGGAAUAUACGCCGGAGCUAAUAAAGAACAGUGCCCGCUCUCCUGCUAUCACAUGAUGUCUAUUCUCAAUAUUUUGUCCGGCACGGCGCUCCUUACCAUCCACACUCUGUCGGUUCUUCAGGAAUUGACGACAUGCGCAGAUGCGACCAAAACCUGUCCGGCUCUUUGCUUGACCUUUAACAAUCUGCUCUCAGCCACGGGUUUGGUGUUCUUCUUCCUUGCUCUAACGGCAGCUAUCGUUAGCGUGAGUCUCAAUACUAAAGUAGCCAAGUCCAAAGAGCAGGUUAUUCCGUUGAUUCCCUAUCCAUACGGGAACCGACCCGCGAUGAGGCCACUACCGGCACCAAAUGCAGGAGCCACACGAGGCGAUAUCCAACUCCAAAAUCUCGAUUUCAACGACGAAAGCUUCAAGUUUCUUUGAGAGAAAAAUGUUAGUGGAAAUCGGCGAUUCGGAUGCAGCAAGUUGGAUCAUUUAUGUAAUGUAAAUAUUAGACAAGACCAACAACCCAUUUCAACUGUUCAAAGGAAGACAAAUUAGUGAUCUCUUGCUUUACCAUCAAAUCAAAAUUAAUUCAAAUGCACAUCUAAUCAAGAAAUACCUCCCUUUUUCACUUCAAAGGGCCACUAUUUAUCGAUUUUAAAAAUUAAAAGACUCGUGUACUUUUACCUCGAGCGAAAUACGGAUGCAACAACUAAGUAAUUCUUUUCCUCGUCAACGAAAAAAAUGUCUUAAAACUUUAUCUUAAUAUUAAACAUGUAGUCAACUUGUGAAGCUUUUUACAUUUUUGAUUUUUUGUCAUUUGUUGUUUUUUUUACUUGGGACCCUUAUUAAAAUAAAUAACACAAUAAUGUAGUAACAAAGUGAAGACCAACAAAAAUACUCAUUUUAGCUUGCUCUGAUUCUAUCUGAUUGCUGUAAAUUUAUUUUUCUGAUGUGUAAUAGACAGACUAAACAGACUAGGAAAAUAUUUGUAAACAGUGUAAAAGUAUAAAUGUUUUUGACAAAUAAUAUGGUGUAUAUAUUCCUUGUGAUUUAGAUUAUCACAAGUUCAGAUAUAAUCAUACUUUUUAAGUACAUGAACAAUACUUUUUAGAGCAUAUGAAACACCAAGUAUUUGGAAAUGUAAAAGGAGAUAUAUACUCUGUUAAAAUUACAAGUGCACACAAAAAUGUGAUCAUGAAAAUGUAGUUCGAUCCAAUUCAUAUUUGUGAAAACAAUUGUAACGGUGAGUACUGUUUUCAAUAUUUUAUAACUCAUAAUUUGUUUCUUGGAAAAGGAACGAGCUUAUUUUCUAGAAUGUAUUGACGUUUCCUUACAAAACUGCAAUAAUAUGUACUGUCUGCUCCUAAAAAUACAAUAACAUGAGUCGACCUUGAAAUAUGACAGAGUACAGUUUUGUUUUGAUACUUAGAAACAAGCAUGAUGUCCAUCCUUGUGCGCUGUAUUGACGGGUUUCAAGAAAUAUUGGAAUGUUUAAAAUUGAAACUUCUAUGACGAAUAACCUUUCCCAAAAAAGAGUAAAAACCUCUUAUAAAACUAGACAAAAUCUUGCACACCAUGUAUGUAUUAAACAAGAUCUUGGUAAGGCACUUGUGGAAA